AUGAAUCCAACCCAACAAGAAUCUGAGCGGCAUCGACGCCAGAGCAUGUCGCAAAGGGCAUGGAGUCGAGGAGUUCCACUCGAUAACCAGCCCUCUCCUGAUAUUCUAAUCAGUCCACCACUAGACCACUAUGAGAUGUCCCCUCGACCAAUCUCUACGUUGUCACAACUGACUGACGAAGAUACAUCGUGGGACAGGCCACUGCUAUCUAGUCGAACCAAGAGUGUUGACGAAGAAACUCAGCGCUCGAGCGGCAGGCGAACGAGUGACUGGUCAUAUGCAAAAGUUACGGGAGAUCUUCAAGACCAAUAUGAAGGGGGCCUCGGACCUACACAGCACCGAGGCAAACAGGAUUCCAGGUCUACUUUACCCGGUAUGGAAGGUUCAAAGAUCUCGAAACCCAUCACUCGAACUGAAUGGUCACGCUACUUUAACGGAUGGAUCGUUCACCUCCCUGCUAUACUGGUGACGACAGCCGUCCUACUCAUUGGUUCAAUACAAUUCUACUGGUAUCCGGAGAUAGGUCCGCUUGUGAGCGGUUAUCGACUGGACACCGAUAUCAUCAGCAAUAUUCUCCAGUUUGUAGCCAAACUGCACGAACUUCUAAUCGUGGCAUCAUUGUCUUCGAUUGCUCUUGCGAUGUAUCGGAGACGUCUCGUCACAACUGGUGUGCGAUUAGGCUUUCUCACUGGGGGCUAUCGAGUUGGAGAUCUCAACUACCUUCGAACUUCGUCGUUCCGCCACCAAGGUCUCAACAGGUCAAAGCCCUGGGAAAUGCUACUACCCGGGUUCCUUGUCUUCGCGACCAUACUUUCGACAAUUGUUGGACCAGCAUCUGCGGUCCUCCUUCUACCCAGCUUGGGUUGGUACGAGUUUGAUACAAGCUCGGCGUUCAGCAAAAUCGAGCCGCCCUUGUUGUACUGGUGGAAUCGGAGGGCCAUAUGGUUCAGAGACCCUUUCAGCGAGAACACGGAGUGCCAAGGACCUGCGGGGGUCUAUCGAGAUUAUUGUCCAGCUGGCGGGUUCCCUGUGAUCUCGAGCUGGGUACGGGACUACGCAGCCACCGACUUGACCAACAAUCUCACAUUUUAUUCCACGUCGUCAGAUAUUAGGCGCCAUUUAGUGUUCACGCAAGCCGAUGACAAGCCUAACACAUCUUCGACCACGCUUACCACCACGCCAUCGCACUUCCUCAUGACCAGCAUCGGUCUCUUUCAACAAUUCAUCCACAGCUCCGAUGUUGGUGCCCUAUCCCGCGAACCUCGCUACCGAAUUACAGCCAAAGGAGGCGCCAAUGUCAAGUCACCGACCGGAGAGGGAUCGGGGUUCUACCAACCAUUUGUACAGUCCAGGUGUACAAUACACGAUAAAGGUUACUUAGCAGAUACUCCGGGAUCUAUCAGCUUUCCAACGAAAUCUAUCAACUGCUUCGAUGAUGCCGAUUGUCUUCAAUCCCAAAGAAAACCUAGGGAAUUUAACGAAGCAGACUGGCUGAACAAUUCGAGUCUCGACAAUAUCUCAGCCUCAAGCACAUUCUUUCUGGACAAAGAAAACUCAACUGUUGUGUACCUGAAUGGAAUGAUACCCGACUCAUUGUCUGGGGAAUCGAGAAACUUGGUUUACAUCUGUAGCUUGUACGCAAGUUGGGCGCCGUCUAACUUCUCAAUGGACCCAAGCGUCAGUGACAGUCUUCAAUCAACAUUUAGUAACGACAGAAGCAUGCGAGACAUGUACUACGGCAAGAGUCAAGAAGACAUCCGAGUAAUAAGAUUCAGGUCGAAUUGGUUCAAAUUUCUCAACCCACACUGGAAUAUAUCAAACACGACCACCGCCUCGGGUGUUAGUCAGAUCAUCCUCAACUUUUCUUCGAAGUUAAAGGUGAAUGGGAAAACUGUGAACGUUUUGGCUCCAGUCGAUGGUGCGAAUAAUACAGCAUCAGAAAUAUUUCUGGCCAAAGUCUUUGGAGUUUACCUCGCCGAGGGUCUGGCACGGAACAGUCAAGAACAGAGAACCCGGAUCAAGCUCAAUAGUACUGACACCGAGCUAACUUACCUCGACUUGAACGAGCAACACGGCUACCUCGGAGGUGUUCAUAAAAUCACUCCCUUCAACAACACUCAUCAUCAGGAUGAGUGGAGAGACAGCACGACCCAGCGCAACACAACUUUUGCAGCUUUCACUGAGGUGCUGAACACGGCUUUGCCAAUCAACUUUACUGCGCAGCGCUACGGAUACGGAUCAGGACAAGGUCGCAAAACGCUGGAAUUUGCCCAGGUGAUGAUGCUGAUCUACCUCGGCAUCAUCGCCGUCUACGCCGCAACAGUGGGAACUGGAUACGUGUUGGAGCUUCUCAAGGUCAAGUCAGGUGGGGAGCGCAUCCGUGUCCUGAGCGUGAUACCAUGGUCAGAUUUACAAGACUUGAUCGUACUCGCACUCAAGACGCCGCCUCCAUCUGAUGAGGAUCUGGCAGAUGCUGGAGCUGGUGUUACUUCUGACAAAGUGUGGGAGAAGGUUGUGAGAGCGGAGUCUGACGACAAACGCAAUAUUCAACUAGCUUUCCAGGAGACAACACACACGAGAAAGCUGGAUGUGAGUCGGAAGGAGCGGUAUUAUUAA